CUGUUUUUGACGUUCAAUGUCAAUAUUUGGUAAACAGGGUUAAGAGUUCAAAGAAUUAGGAUAGGAUCAAAGUACCAAUUCCAUUUAGUAAAUUAUAUGAAAAAAAUUAAAAAUUAUUAAAAUGCCUUUUACUCUAUAUUCAUCGUUGAGGGGCGUUACUCGAGUUCGUUGCUUGUCAAGAAACUACUCAGACAAUUUUCCAAAAAUAACUACCCACUAUACUGUUCAUCCCAGAGACAAGGAUCAACGAUGGAAAGAUGUGCCCAUGGAAAGAUUCUCCGAUGAGACUGAUAUAUUGAUAGUUGGAGGUGGUCCAGCAGGUCUAUGUGCUGCUAUUAAAGCCAAACAGCUAGCUGAAAAAGAUGGUAAAGAAGUUAAAGUCACAGUGGUUGAAAAAGCAUCACAAAUUGGUGGACAUACUUUAUCUGGUGCUGUUAUUGAGCCUCAUGCCUUAACUGAGUUAAUUCCUGACUGGAAAGAAAAAGGAGCACCUCUAAACACACCUGUAAAAACUGACAAAUUUGGAUUUUUAACUGAAAAGGGAAGAAUAAGUCUACCAGCUGUAAAAGGAACGCCUAUGUACAAUCAUGGAAACUAUAUUGUGAGGUUAGGACAUGUUGUGCAAUGGUUAGGAGAACAAGCAGAAAGUAUGGGUGUUGAAAUUUAUCCCGGUUAUGCAGCUUCUGAAGUCCUUUACCAUGAAGAUGGAAGUGUAAAGGGUAUUGCAACAAAUGACGUUGGUAUCGCGAAAGAUGGCAGCCCAAAAGCUAAUUUCGAGAGAGGAAUGGAACUACAUGCAAAGUGUACAAUUUUCGCCGAGGGCUGUCAUGGGCAUUUAUCGAAGCAGAUAAUAAAAAAAUUCAACUUGAGAACACAUGCGGAGCCACAGACUUACGGUUUAGGUAUCAAAGAAAUGUGGGAGAUAGACCCUGCCAAGCACGCUCCCGGAACAGUUGAACAUACAUUUGGUUGGCCUUUGGACCCCCACACUUAUGGAGGAUCAUUCCUAUAUCACUUGAAUGAUGCAACUCCACUUAUUGUUGUUGGUUUCGUUGUUGGAUUAGACUACACCAAUCCUUAUAUAAGUCCAUUCAGAGAAUUCCAACGAUUCAAACUCCAUCCCUCUGUAAGAUCGAUAUUUGAAGGUGGAAAAAGAAUAGCUUAUGGGGCAAGAGCGAUUAACGAAGGCGGUUUUCAAUCUCUGCCCAAACUCACAUUCCCUGGAGGUUGUUUGGUAGGAUGCGCAGCUGGGUUUUUGAAUGUACCGAAAAUUAAAGGUACCCACAAUGCAAUGAGAAGUGGAAUGCUGGCAGCUGAGAGUGUCUACGAAACAAUUCAAACUGAUGAGAAAGAUACGAUUGGUUAUGAACCUAAAAUAUACGAAGAUAAGAUCAAGAACAGCCCGAUUUGGAAAGAACUCAAGGCAGUCAGAAAUAUAAGACCCAGUUUUCACAACAGAUUUGGUUUGUAUGGAGGAGUGGCUUACAGUGGAUUCUCGGUUCUCACUGGUGGAAGAGAACCGUGGACUUUUUCACAUGGAGCUGCCGAUCACACUCGUCUCAAGCCAGCAGCUCAGUGCAAGAAAAUAGAAUACCCCAAGCCAGAUGGAAAGAUCAGUUUUGAUCUUUUGUCUUCUGUAGCUCUGAGCGGUACUAACCAUGAAGGCGAUCAGCCAGCCCAUUUGACUUUAAUGGAUGAUACAGUCCCGGUUAAGACGAAUUUGACCAUUUACGAUGGCCCUGAAGCCAGGUUUUGUCCUGCAGGUGUCUAUGAGUAUGUCCCCCUAGAAUCUGGCGAUGGACAACGACUUCAAAUCAAUGCCCAGAACUGUGUUCAUUGUAAAACUUGUGAUAUCAAAGAUCCGACUCAAAAUAUAAACUGGGUUGUACCAGAAGGUGGCGGUGGACCAGCUUACAAUGGAAUGUAAAUUAGAAGAAGCUUCCCAAUAUUUUGAUAGGAUGGAAAACUGCUUUGAGAGAUUUUUAUGUAUACACAAUUCCUGUUUCAAAAUAGCUAAAUGUUGUUUUUAUGGAGAUUUUUCCUGUAUUAGCUAUUGUAUAUAUAUUUAUAGUGAUUGAAAGACCUAAACAUAUUUUUGUACAUUAUACAAUCAGGUUAUAUAAUUUUUUAUAUCAGCUGUUCAUUAAUAUACAAAUAUGGACCGAAUAAAUCGAUGAACUUUCA